AUAGUGACAGACACUGCUUCGGUGGAACGUUUACUGGGAAAAGCUGAUGUUCAACGGCCACAAGUAGUAGAAUAUUGCGUGGUCUGUGGAGAUAAAGCAUCGGGUCGUCACUAUGGUGCUGUCAGUUGUGAGGGAUGCAAAGGUUUCUUUAAAAGGAGUGUAAGGAAGAAUUUGACCUACAGUUGUCGUAGCAACCAGGACUGUAUCAUCAAUAAACACCAUCGGAAUCGCUGCCAAUUUUGUAGGCUUAAGAAAUGCCUAGAGAUGGGCAUGAAAAUGGAAUGUGAGUUGCAGCGUGAAAAACCAACAAACUGUGCAGCUUCCACUGAAAAAAUCUAUAUCAGAAAAGACCUUCGGAGUCCUCUAAUAGCAACUCCAACAUUUGUCGCAGAUAAGGAUGGGGCACGGUCAGCAGGCCUUCUUGAUCCAGGAAUGCUUGUAAAUAUUCAGCAGCCUUUGAUCAGGGAUGAUGGUACAGUCCUCCUAGCUGCUGACUCCAAGGCUGAGACAAGCCAGGGUGCUUUAGGAACACUAGCAAAUGUUGUAACAUCUCUUGCUAAUCUCAGUGAGUCAUUAAAUAAUGGAGAUACUUCUGAAAUUCAACAAGAAGAGCAAUCUGCAAGUGAGAUUACACGAGCAUUUGAUACUUUAGCUAAAGCACUUAAUACAACAGAUGGCUCAGCAGCUCAGAACUUGGCUGAUGGAAUGGAUCCUACAGGAGGAGGGAAUAUUCAUGUAAUCAGUAGAGAUCAAUCAACACCUAUUAUUGAAGUGGAAGGACCUCUACUCACAGAUACACAUGUCACAUUUAAGCUGACAAUGCCCAGUCCAAUGCCAGAGUACCUUAAUGUUCAUUAUAUCUGUGAGUCAGCAUCACGACUACUUUUCCUCUCUAUGCACUGGGCAAGGUCCAUACCUGCAUUUCAAGCACUUGGGCAGGACUGUAAUACAAGCCUUGUGCGCGCCUGCUGGAACGAGCUAUUCACCUUAGGCCUGGCACAGUGUGCGCAGGUGAUGAGUUUGUCUACCAUCCUAGCAGCUAUUGUCAACCACCUUCAGAACAGCAUACAGGAAGAUAAGCUUUCAGGAGACAGAAUAAAGCAAGUCAUGGAACACAUCUGGAAACUUCAGGAGUUCUGUAACAGCAUGGCCAAGCUUGAUAUUGAUGGAUAUGAAUAUGCAUACCUUAAAGCUAUUGUUCUCUUUAGUCCUGAUCACCCUGGUCUGACCAGUUCAACCCAAAUAGAAAAAUUCCAGGAGAAGGCACAGAUGGAAUUGCAGGACUAUGUACAAAAAACCUAUCCAGAAGAUACGUAUAGGCUAGCCCGGAUUCUAGUUCGCCUGCCAGCACUUAGGCUGAUGAGCUCUAGCAUUACUGAGGAACUGUUUUUUACUGGUCUCAUUGGAAAUGUUCCAAUUGACAGCAUAAUCCCCUACAUUCUCAAAAUGGAAACAGCAGAGUAUAAUGGUCAAAUAACUGGCACGUCUGCAUAGUGGGAACAAUACACUUUGGAUCAAAAUAAUUUUCAUAAAAACAUACAUUUAAGAGAAAGAAGUUAAAAGAAUAACAGUUGGGUAUGUACAGAUAUUUCUAACUUGUUACUUAAUUUCCUACCAGAUUUCUUCUUGUUUGUCUGCUGACUUUGACAAAAUUUAAGCAGCUUUUAAAUGACCUGUAAUUAGGACCUUUUCUGCCACAAGGAAUGUUUCUGAUGCCUUUCAUUCAAAAGGCUUUAGAUUACUGAACAUACUUUUAACAUGCUUUGUAUUUAGAAAUUAUUGGUGGUUAAAAAUAGAGUUUUAUAAUAUGGGAGAUAAGUAAUGAAAUUACUUUAAAAGUAAAAGAACAAUAUGUAUAUAUUUAAAAAAUGUCCUUGGAAUUAAUAUCUAAUAAUUGCCAGGGUAUGAUAUUAGCACUUUGUAAGCACUUCUUGUCAAAGCGAUAAUGUCAUCAACAUCCUGCUUAUAAGUAGGGAAAAUAAAGUUGCGUAUGUCUUUAGUAAAAAUGCUAGUGAUUUCUGUGAAAAUGUAGAAUGCUACAGGAGACAAUCAUUUAUUCUGCAAAAAAUCACUUGUUCUCAUCUUAUGCAUUAAAUAAUGUGGAUUCUUAACUCAAACUUC